AUGGACGAGACCAUGAGUGAUGCAAUCGACGCCCGCGAGAUGGACGACCAGGAGCAGGUCGAGCACAAGAUCAUCAACGAGGAGUACAAGAUAUGGAAGAAAAACUCCGUAUUUCUCUAUGACAUGCUCUACGGACGCGCGCUGGAGUGGCCGACCCUCACUACGCAAUGGCUGCCAGACAAGAAGCCGUAUGUUUGCAUAGUCGAAGGCACCAACAUGAGCCAGCACCGCGUCAUUCUCGGAACGCAUACGUCGAACCAAGCGCAAAACUACCUCCAAAUCGCUCACUGCGAAAUACCCGACUUCCGUGUCCCAGACCUCUCUGAACUGAACGAGGAGCGCGGUGAGAUUGGCGGACAUGGCAACGCAAAGCGACCAUUCGAAUUCAAGAUUGUGCAGAAAAUCAACCACCCAGGCGAGGUCAACAAGGCGCGCUACCAGCCACAGAAUCCUGACAUAAUAGCAUCACUAUGCGUAGACGGCAAGGUGCUGAUCUUCGACCGGACCAAGCACCCGCUUCAGCCCAAAGGUGAUGCCAUUCAGUUUGAGGCUGAGCUUGUAGGACACACAACAGAGGGUUUUGGGCUGAGCUGGAGUCCACUCAACGAAGGCCACCUCGUAACGGGUAAUGAAGACACAACUGUUAAGACAUGGGACAUCAGAUCUGGAUUCUCCAAGACCAACAAGACUGUCAGUCCGACUGCAACAUACGAGGUCCACAGCGCGACGGUGAACGACGUUCAGUACCACCCAAUCCACAACUUUCUCAUCGGAACCGCAUCCGACGAUCUCACAUGGCAGAUCAUCGACACCCGCAUGGAGUCGCACAAAAAGGCGCUCUACAGGAAGGAAGCACACGAAGAUGCUGUGAACUGCAUCGCUUUCCACCCCGAGUUUGAGAUGACCAUGGCUUCAGGCUCCGCAGACAAGACCGUCGGUCUUUGGGACUUGCGAAACUUCGAGAAGAAGCUGCACAGCCUGUCAAGCCAUCGCGGAGAUGUCAUCGGUCUGCAAUGGCAUCCUCAGGAUGCGGCUAUCCUUGCCAGUUCCAGCUACGACCGCCGUAUCUGCAUGUGGGAUCUCAGCAAGAUCGGCGACGAGCAGACCGAGGAGGAGGCUGAAGAUGGGCCACCAGAACUGCUGUUUAUGCACGGCGGCUUCACGAACCGCAUCUGCGACUUCGACUGGAACAAAAACGACCCGUGGGUCAUGAUGGGUGCCGCGGAAGACAACCAGCUGCAGAUUUUCCGUCCCAGUCGCAAGCUUGUCGAGCCACUGAACAAGACAGUCAACCACGGCGAGGUUUCAGAUUGA